AUGGCGACUAUGAUGGAUACACAGCGAGCCGUGUUGGCUGUGGAGCGCCUGCAGGAAAGGCUGAAGGAGAGAGGAGAACUCCCCACGGAGGAGAAACUCAGCCUUUUAAAGAGCGUCUUACAGAGUCCCCUGUUCCAUCAGAUACUUGUCAUGCAGGAGACUGGAGUACAGAACCAACAACAAGCUACAGUGGGCUCCAGCCAGGUGUGCUGUUCUCAGUCUAUAAGGGAAGAAAUGAACUGCGCUGCGUUGACGUGUUCUCUGAAACACAGCGACUCCUACCUCUCUGCCCAGAGAUGCAGUGAGCGUAGCACACCAGCCAAUCACAGAUCUGUUACCCCUGACAACGAUACCACAGACCAGGAUGAGGAAGAGUUUGAGUCAACUGUACAGGCCUUGGCCCAGGGGAGGGAAGUGUUGAGUGUUGAUUUGCAGAGGGGAGAGAGUGGACUGGGCUUCAGAGUGGUGUCACGGAAUAAUGAGGACAAAGGAGAAUUUGGUAUCUUUAUACAGGACAUUCAACCAGGAACAGUCGCACACAGUGACGGUCGUCUUAGAGAAGGUGACCAGAUUCUUGCGGUGAAUGGUCAGUUGUUCGACUCGACCGUGUCCCAGGAGGACGCGGUCAGAGUCUUACACGACUCAGGUGAACGGGUCAUCCUGGUGGUUGCCAGAGGUCCUAUAACUUCACGACUGACCAGAACCCCUAGGCACCUCCAGUUGAUUGAGCUGGAGAAUGACGGCUCUGGUUUUGGCUUUGGCAUUGUUGGGGGUAAAAGCACAGGCACCAUGGUAAAAACCAUCCUGCCUGGAGGAGUAGCUGACCAGGAUGGUAGGCUGCACAGUGGAGAUCUCUUAAUGAGAAUAGGAGAUGUAGAUGUGUCCUGUAUGGGCAGUGAGGAGGUGGCCCGUGAGCUCCGCCUCUGUGGCCCCAAAGUGAGGCUUCUCAUCGCCAGGGAAACGGCCACUAACGACCUCAUGGGCCCAGUAACCGAGCAACAGGAAACAAGAGAGGGCCAGAAUUGUAAAGACACAGGCGGCAAACACUGUGAGUUCACCGUGAAAUUCGUCAAAAACAAAAACGGCCUGGGCAUUACGGUCGCCAAGAUGACAGAAGACUUAAGUGAAGAAACAAGUGGUAUUGUAGUGAAGGGUAUUGUGAAAGGCAGUGCAGUGGACCAGGAUGGACAAGUGCAUAUCGGAGAUCACCUCAUCGCUGUGGAUGGGCUUAGACUGCACGGUUGCAGUGAACAAAGAGCGCUGGAGAUUUUGAGAAUGACCGGUCAGAGGGUGGAGCUGACUUUACGGAGGAGAACUAAUCCCGCGCCUCAUCCAGCCCCCUCGGCUCCAGACGGCCCUACGGGCCCCGACACGCUCAGCUCCGUUAAAACUCCCUCCGCCACUCCUACGCCCCCGCUCACCUCAGCCGCACUCCCCGUCACCUCCGUCACACCCCCCCUCACCUCAGUUACACCUCCACUCACCUCCGUUACAACUCCCCUGGGUCUUUUGCCUCCUCCCCCACCCCCCUGUCUGCCUAGGCCUAAAACAGUGCCUCCACUGGUUAAAAUCCUUUGCCUGGACCAUCGGGACCUGAACUAUAACACUGAACAUGAUGAGUCUCUGUUACCGUUCUGUUUGAACUCAAAGACCAUCACCGGCAACAAAGAGCCUGCCCUGGAAAAUGGACCUGGGCUGACUGAGGCUGAAGAGAAAGAACUAAAGAGAAAAUGGCAGUGCACUCUGGGAAUAAAAUACGAUAUCUUGGUAGCUCAGGUACAGAAGUUCAUUGAGAGCGGAGGUCUGGGGAUGAGUUUGGAGACUAAAGCUGGUCAUCACUAUAUUUACUCCAUACUCCCUGAAGGACCUGUGGGACAGACUGGCCUCUUCCGUCGUGGUGAUGAGCUACUGGAGGUGAAUGGCAUUCCUCUGAGAGGAGAGACACAUAAGGAGGUGGUCAGUUUGCUGCGGGAGCUCCCUAUGACCGUGUGUGUAGUGUGUUCUCGCCCCAUUCCACCCACUCCCAGUGACGGAGAGGAGGAUGAUGAUAACAUUCGGCUUAGCUUGAAAGAGCUGCUCGCUGAGUUCAAUGAAAAGGCAGAGCAGAACUGUGUUGGACGGCUAUGCAGAGAAACAGUGAACACUAGGAAACAGGAGGUCCCUGUGUUGUCCCAUAUGGCCAUGUGGGAGACUACGGUUCAGGUCUAUGAACUAGAGAAAGGAGAGGCUGGCCUGGGAUUUAGCAUCUUAGACUACCAGGAUCCCGAGGACCCAUCUCAGACAGUGAUAGUGAUUCGAUCCCUGGUGCCAGGCGGUUUGGCAGAACGAGACGGCAGGUUGUUGCCCGGCGACCGGCUCAUGUUCGUUAACGGGACAGACCUGAGCCAUGCCAGCCUUGAUUAUGCAGUCAGUGUCCUCAAGAGCACCGCCUAUGGCACUGUACGCAUCGGCGUGGCUAAACCACUGCCGGCGGACUUUGAGGAGUUGGUCACGACGCAGUUUCACAAAACAGGUGAAAGGCAGCCGAGCGAAAAGGAAAAUGACACCCAACAGGAAUCUACUUUGACCAGCACCAGUCCCCCAGAGUAUAACGAUCAGCAGUGCACUCUGAAGAAGAGAACUCAUUUUCGGACAGAGAUCAUGGAAACGAGCGCUAAACCUCCCCUACCCUCCAGUGGGUUUGAGAGAACCAUCACUGUUGUCAGGGGCAACUCUAGUCUGGGUAUGACAGUAAGUGCUUUAAGGGAUGGGUCAGGCAUGGUAAUUCGUUCAGUUGUUAAUGGAGGCUCCAUCAGUAAAGAUGGGAGGUUGGGUGUAGGAGAUGGAAUCGUAGCCAUCAACAGUGAACCAGCCACCAACCUGACUAACGCUCAGGCCAGAGCAAUGUUACGCCGACAUUCACUUAUCGGACCUGACAUCAGCGUGACAUAUGUUCCUGCUGCCUUCAUGGACAUGCACAGAGCUGCCGUUACCCAAUCAAAACAAGAGCCUAGUGCCGAGGACACGCCCACCAAUAAACCGGGCAAAGGACAAAACGAGGAGGAGGUGUUGCAGAAUUACUCUAACAAGUCAUGGAGUCAACCGAGGAGAGUGACGUUGAUCAGAGAGAUGGGGACAUCACUAGGUAUCAGUAUCAUAGGGGGGCGAAGGAUGGGCAGUCGCCUUGGCAACGGGGAGAUGAGCAGAGGAGUGUUCAUCAAACAUGUUGCGGAGGAUAGUCCAGCCGCCCACGACAAAUCACUUCAACCUGGGGACAAAAUACUACAGGUGGGAGGAUCUGAUUUAAGUAAUGUCACUCACGAAGAAGCUGUGGAGGCGAUUCGGCGAGCAGGAGACAGAGUGGAACUAAUAGUACAGAGUCCUCAGGAGAAUGAGAAUCCCUCUAGCCUUUUGCUAGGCCUCUCCCCUGCCAACCCCUUCAUCCCAACCCCGUUUAAGCCUGCAGAGAACAGAAAGAUAAAGAGACCCCCUCACCCUGCCCCACCCCCUCCCAAACUGCCCAGUGUGUCUGUGGGCACGGAAAAAAACGGACAGACAAAACACAAUGUUCCAGAAAGAUUGAGAACACCUCAGGAGACUACAGAGCCUAGCAAACAGGAAUUAGACCCAUACUGGGAUCGCAUGCAGCAGAGAUAUGGCAAGCUGCCUGGAGAGUUACACAUGAUAGAGCUGGAGCGGGGCACUGCUGGACUCGGCGUGCGUGUGACGGGGAACAGGGGCGAGAACAGGAUGAGCGUGUUCGUGUCUGAGAUCAGGCCCGACGGAGCUGCCGCGGCAGAUGGACGGAUCAGAGUGGGAGACGAACUGCUGGAGAUUAAUGGGCAGGUUUUGUAUGGCCGCAGUCACCAGAAUGCCACUUCGAUCGUCAACAGCAUAACGUCAUAUGCAAAGAUUGUCUUCACAAGGGUGACUGGGACGUUGACAAAUCAGAGGUCAACCAAUCACACUGUCCCCGCCCCACACAGCAAAUCAUUCAAUCACACACCCCCCAGCCACUGUGCUCCAACCAUCAAUUACAGCAAUAAUGCACAGAAUGGUAAACAUGCUCCCAGACCGCACAUCACUGCAGCCAAUCAACCCCCUGACCCUACUUUACAUACCACCUCUUAUUGGUCCUCCACUUCAUCUACUACAGUCUCUGACCCCCUGACAUGUCCCAUCAUCCCCGGCACUGUGAGCACCAUAGAUAUUUGUAAGGGCCCUACUGGGCUGGGCCUCAGCAUAGUAGGGGGCUGUAACACAGCACUGAGGGUAAUUGUCAUCCAUGAAGUUAAUAAGGGAGGCUCAGCUCACAGAGACGGGAGGCUGCAGACAGGAGAUCAGAUCCUGGAGGUGAACGGCAUUGACUUGAGGAUGGCCACGCAUGAGGAGGCCCUUAGCGUUCUUCGUCUGAGCCCACAGCGCGUGCGUUUGUGCGUGUUCAGGAACUACGCCGCGCACACACAACAGAACCGUGUCACGCACGCGCCCGAGGACAUGUGGGACCUCUUUAGCGUGGAGCUGGAGCCCGAUCGUGGACAAGGACUCGGGUUUAGCAUUGUGGGAAAGAGUGAUGACACGGGCAUAUUUGUAUCUAAACUUGAGAGAGGUGGUGUAGCAGAUGUGGAUGGACGACUGUUGCUAGGUGACCAGAUCCUUUCUAUAAAUGGAGAGGAUAUCCGAGCUGCCACUCAGGACUACGCUACAGGCCUGCUACAGGCCUGCAGAGAGACAGUGGUGUUGGAAGUAGCACGUUUCAGAGCCGGUCAGUGUUACCCGUACAGGUGUCAGGGUGUCACAGACUGUGUGGGGAUGAGUCUAUCUGAAGGUGGAGGAGCUCCACAGGGAGAGAGUCCAUUCUGUAUCUCUAAUAUAGAAGCAACUGGACCUGCAGAACUGACCGGACAGCCAGAGGUGAUGCGUUGCACUGAAGGUGUUAGAAAUGGACAGUCUAAGGAACAUUUGAGUCUGUGCUCCUCUGGUCUCGCAGAAAACCACACUACCCAUAACCACAUGAGACCUGCUCAGUGUCGGACUAUCACGCUGGACCGAGGUUCUGCCGGCCUGGGCUUCAGUAUAGUGGGCGGGUACCGUAGUCCCCACGGCGACCUACCCAUAUAUGUAAAGACUAUCUUUCCAAAGGGUGCCGCCAUUGAGGACGGGCGGCUACAAAGCGGAGAUCAGCUGAUUGAGGUGAAUGGGCGGAGCUUAGAGGGCGUGACCCACGCCGAGGCCGUGGAAAUUCUAAAAAGGAGCGACGGCAUCGUCACAUUGACCGUACUCUCGCACAGACGCGAUAACUGA